UCAGAUUUUGGUUUUCUUUGGUCUCUUACACAAAAGCAGGCCAAUUAUACCCUCAGUCCAGAACAGGGUUGGAAUUGCUUUCAGUUACCAUUUUUGUUAAAAAUCUCAUGGAUACUAAACAUCAUCGUUCCUGUUUAAGCCCCCUAGAUUGCCCAUUGGGGGUGGUUGCGCUAGCAAGGCAAAUUUAAGGGAAGUUGUUAUCUUCACCAGCAAAAGAAGAGACAUUUUCUUCUGAGAACAUGCCUUGCUUUGGAUCCUCAACCCUAGAUUGGACAGGUACCAUUUUGUCUUAUGGAUUUUCUAAAUACUUUUCGGUUCUAGACGGAGUCAUGAAUAUGAAAUGAGGUUAAAUAUGGAGAAGAAAAGCAAGACAGGAAGGUGCAACUCUGAAACUAGAGGGACUUGAAAAGAAGAGGCUGAUAGAUGAGGGGUAAAGAGGGAGCAAAAGUCCUCUCUUGUAAUGGGGAGAUAUUUUCAGUUGGCAAAGGCUUCACUGAUGAUCGUGCUCUUUAUCUCUAUAUUCAAUAUCUCUCUCUCUCUUUAUCUCCUGUUCUUUGGGUAUAUUCAAUAUCUCUUUAUUUCUUUAUUCUCGUUUCUCUAUUUAAUAUUUUAUAAGAAUUAAGAGGGUCAGAAAGCUGCCUAUUUGAAGUUCAUCAUUCCAUGUAAAUGAAUGCUAGUUCGGUAGGUGGCAAGUAUAGUUGUAUCUCUGGAGUAGAUGUGCACAAGAACCCAAUGCAGCAUGAAGGGCUUAAACUACUUCAAAGAUAGCAUCAUAGACGUGCCUCCAUCUCUCAGGCCACUUCUCAAUAUCAUUCUUUAUUAUUUUAUUUACUUGUUAAAUUAUUCUACUACCGGUUAAUGAAAGUUUUCUAUUCACUAAUUAUUUUAUUCUGAAUAAAUUCUACAUCAGAUAUUUUAUUAUUUGUUCUAAUAUUUUCAACAUCUUUAUAGGCAAUUCGAAUGGCAAAAGAAUAAUUGCCCGCCGAAUUCUAAAAUCACUAUUUUUGACUUUGAACAAAUUUUCAUAUCUACAAAAAUAGUAAUUAUUUGACUUUCCAUACAAUUUCAAAUCUAGAUCAAAGUAAUGAUAGAAGUGAAGCUUGUAGUAAAAAUAUACUACAUUUUGCAUUUUGUUGCUGUUAUGCCAGAGAAUAGGACUGAAUCUCAUAAUUUUGCUUUUACCAUUAAGGCUUGUGUGGAUCGUUUGACUUUUUUUUAAUAUAAAAUUAUUAUGCCCUAGAAGGUGUAUAAAUGGUGAGUCAAGUAUGAAGCAACAAAGUAUUCUAAUUUUCAUAACCUCUCUCUUUUAGGUUAUCAUAAAUAUAUAAAUAGUGAAAAAAAAAGCUUUAGCUAACAUAUGAGCGGUAUGAAAAUAUAUAAAAAAUAUUUAUUCUACGGACCACUACCUCUUGCAUAAGCAAUUGGCUUAUUUUUCUUCCAACAGGCAGCUGUGAGGUGGGAUGUUCAAAAGCCCUUCUAGUCUAAGAACUAAAGGAAGGGUCAUUAUGGUAGGCCUCUGUUGUGGCAUAAAAUUUACCAUUUUCAUGAAAAUUGUCUGAUUGUUUGUUCUUAUGGGGAAGAUUUAUAAUAAAAUUUUCUAGCCUACUAGCCUCUUUCGGGCUAGUUACAUGGUACUGUUACAAUGAGCUAGAAAAUUUCAAAUUGAACAUUAUUGCAAAAACAAGAAAAUCGAACUCCUCUUUUUCUGCAAAUUCUGAAAAUAGAUAGAAUUUUUGAAAAUGUCAGAAAAAAAUUGUCCACUUUAUUUUUGUCCUUUGACUUUGGGCCUUCUUGACGCUGAACCAAAUAUUUCUAGUUUAUAUCUAAAAUUUUAGGUUAUUAUCAGUUUUUAUUCCAUUGACUAUUUUGGCUCAAAGAAGAUUUCAAUAGUCAUUAACCCUUUCGUUGAGAAUAGAAAAAUGUCUCUCGGUCGAACUUGUCAAACUUCUUCCGGGCUCCACCAUUUUUAUCUUGCUGCUUGAUCUAACCAACCUUCUCAACAAACACCAUCUUCCCCUAAUCUUGUAUUUGGUUUACGAUCUCAUUAAUCUCACUAAAUCGUUGUUUAUAAUACUUUAAAGAAAAUCUAUCAUAUUUUAUUACUAUCAAUACCCCCGACCUCAUAAUCAUGAAGAAAAUUACCAUAACGUGAUUCCUUGAUGACAUAAGAUUUUACAAAUAAAAGACACUUUUUUGGGGAAUUUAACAAAUAAAAACACUCCAUUUUUUUAUUUUUGUGUUCAUUUCAUGAGGGCCUCGCAAAAUCAUGAACAUGGAAGUCCAUGAAUCAGACGGCCUUGAUCCAUCGUCACCAUCAAUAAGAGUAUUCUAGACCCUCAGCUGACCCUGCGGAGCACCGUACCCCCAUUCUCCUUCCUCCUCUGCAGGCAAACAAAACGCCUGACCGCAAAUUGCGGGUUUAGGGUUUUCGUCACCCGAGCAACAGCGGUCGAUCGAAAUGGCGGCCGGCGGCGGGCAGGCGGCGGCGUCGUUCCUGACGAACUUGGCCCGGGCGGCGAUAGGCCUCGGCGUCGGCGCCAGCCUGGUGAAUGCGUCCCUCUACACCGUGGACGGCGGCGAGCGCGCCGUCCUUUUUGACCGGUUCCGGGGAGUCCUCGACGAGACUGUCGGCGAGGGAACCCACUUCCUGAUCCCCUGGCUCCAGAAGCCCUACAUCUUCGACAUCCGCACCCGCCCCCACACCUUCACCUCCAAGUCCGGCACCAAGGACCUCCAGAUGGUCAACCUCACUCUCCGCCUCCUCUCCCGCCCCGACGUACCCCGCCUCCCCACCAUCUUCACCUCCCUCGGCACCGAGUACGACGAGAAGGUCCUCCCGUCCAUCGGCAACGAGGUCCUCAAGGCCGUCGUCGCCCAGUUCAACGCCGACCAGCUCCUCACCGAGCGGCCCCACGUCUCCGCCCUCGUCCGCGACGCCCUCGUCCGCCGUGCCCGCGACUUCAACAUAGUCCUCGACGACGUCGCCAUCACCCACCUCUCCUACGGCGCCGAGUUCUCCCAGGCCGUCGAGAAGAAGCAGGUCGCCCAGCAGGAGGCCGAGCGGUCCAAGUUCCUCGUGGCGCGCGCGGAGCAGGAGCGCCGGGCUGCGGUCAUCCGUGCCGAGGGAGAGAGCGAGGCUGCCAAGCUCAUCUCUGAUGCCACCGCUGCUGUCGGCACGGGGAUUCUCGAGCUCAGGAGGAUCGAGGCUGCAAGGGAGAUCGCUGCCACCCUCUCCAGGUCGCCCAAUGUUGUCUACCUUCCUGGCGGGAACAACAUGCUGCUCGGUCUCAACCCCACGAACAUGGUGCAGGGCCGGUGAUAUACUGGCCUUUUCUGCUUUCUUCUAGUUUACUGCUACUAUUCCCAUUACUUCCCUGAGAAAUUAGUAACUGAUGGAUAUCAGUCAUGAAGCGUCUUGAGACUUGUGGAAAUAUGAGGAUCUUCUGGAUAAAUUUUGAUGGUCAUGGUAAUGUCGACUCGAUGAGUGAGAUCUUGUUUGUUUGGUUGACACUAUUAAAUUUAAUCAAAUUUGACAAUUGCUGGAAUAUAGGUUCUCUUGGAUAUGGUUAAAA